UAUUCUAUUUGCUUGGAGGGCAAGUUUUUCUUGAAGCAGUAAAAGGGCAAUUUCCUCGAUCCCCAUUUGCACCAAGUUCAACAAUCUAGCACUCCUUCUAUUCUCUCUCGCAGUUGCUGCGAGGGUUUAAGCGCAGGUCCUUCUCCUUCCUCAGAUUCUUUUUUGUUACUGAGAUUCAAGUAUGGGUAAGGAGAAGGUUCACAUCAACAUUGUGGUCAUUGGCCAUGUCGACUCUGGCAAGUCGACCACUACUGGGCAUUUGAUUUACAAGCUUGGAGGUAUUGACAAGCGUGUUAUUGAGAGGUUCGAGAAGGAAGCUGCUGAGAUGAACAAGAGAUCGUUCAAGUAUGCCUGGGUGUUGGACAAGCUUAAGGCUGAACGUGAGCGUGGUAUCACAAUUGACAUUGCCCUGUGGAAGUUUGAGACCACCAAGUACUACUGCACUGUUAUUGAUGCUCCUGGCCAUCGUGAUUUCAUCAAGAACAUGAUUACUGGUACUUCCCAGGCUGACUGCGCUGUUCUUAUCAUUGACUCCACUACCGGAGGUUUUGAAGCUGGUAUUUCUAAGGAUGGGCAGACCCGUGAACACGCACUUCUUGCCUUUACUCUUGGUGUCAGACAAAUGAUCUGCUGCUGCAACAAGAUGGAUGCCACUACUCCAAAAUACUCCAGGUCUAGAUACGAUGAAAUCGUCAAAGAAGUUUCAUCCUACCUCAAGAAGGUUGGCUACAACCCAGACAAAAUUCCCUUCGUCCCCAUCUCUGGAUUUGAAGGUGACAACAUGAUUGAAAGAUCCACCAACCUCGACUGGUACAAAGGCCCUACCCUUCUCGAGGCCCUCGACCAAGUCCACGAGCCCAAGCGACCAUCAGACAAACCCCUUCGUCUUCCUCUUCAAGAUGUUUACAAGAUAGGAGGCAUUGGAACUGUUCCAGUAGGUCGUGUUGAAACUGGCAUUAUAAAACCCGGUAUGGUCGUCACCUUUGCCCCAACUGGACUCACUACUGAAGUAAAAUCUGUUGAAAUGCACCACGAAGCUCUCCAAGAAGCUCUCCCCGGCGACAAUGUGGGGUUCAACGUGAAAAACGUCGCCGUGAAAGAUCUCAAGCGUGGCUACGUUGCCUCGAAUUCCAAGGAUGAUCCUGCCAAGGAAGCUGCCAAUUUCACUUCUCAAGUUAUCAUCAUGAACCAUCCAGGACAGAUUGGAAAUGGCUAUGCCCCUGUUCUUGACUGCCAUACCUCUCACAUUGCAGUCAAAUUUGCUGAGAUUUUAACCAAGAUUGACAGACGAUCUGGUAAAGAACUUGAGAAAGAGCCAAAGUUCUUGAAAAAUGGGGAUGCUGGAUUUGUUAAGAUGAUCCCCACCAAGCCUAUGGUGGUGGAGACGUUCUCCGAGUACCCGCCGCUCGGGCGAUUUGCAGUCAGGGAUAUGCGUCAAACCGUGGCUGUUGGUGUCAUCAAAAGUGUUGAAAAGAAGGAUCCCAGCGGAGCUAAGGUCACCAAAUCAGCUGCUAAGAAAUCUGGUAAGUGAAUGGUGCGGUUUGAAUUAUGUGUUGUGUUUUGUGUCUGUUUUCUUUUCACAACUUUUCCGCCGUCGUUGAGUGGCUUAUCACAGAAUUGGGUGCUUGAUCGUCGGUGGCCGUGGGCUUAAAUAAAUCAAUGGUCUUGUGUUGUAUAAUAAAGUUUGUUGAUAGAACACAUAAGUGAUCUGUUGGAUGUGUUGUGUCUGUACACAUUAUUAUGUGGGAGAUAGUUUUAGUACUUGUUUAAUAGUUGCUGUAAUGUUCUAUUUGGUGAGUUAUAUUUAAGUGAAUUUUUCUUG